ACAAAAGCAAAAAUUACGAAAUUGUAGAAAAUGAAUAAAGAUGAUCAAAAUCAAAAUUUGAAUAAAGCAACGUCACGGACAAAUUCAAAAAAUUACAAUACACCAGCAGUAACAACAACAACUACAGUGGCAGCAGUAGAGUCAUCAAAACAAUCGCAAAAAACAAACUCAAAAAAUAAGAAAAAUCAUACCAAUAACAACAAUAAUAACAAUAGUUUAAAGUUAGCCGCAGCUACUACAGUAGCUGCCACAAUUUCCACCAUUGCAACUAAUAAUAAUCAACAAACUCAAAAUCCUGCUGCUGUUACUGGUAGCAGCAAUAAAAAGUCCUCGAAACAGGGCAAUGCCACAGCAGGACGUCAAAACAAUUCCUCUGCCACCGCCUUCUCUACUACAUCAUUAUCUUCCUCAUCUGCCUCCACCUCAAACACCUCAGAUACACCAACAAUAACGACAUCGUUAUCAACUACCGAAGAUUUAGAUAACGGUGCCAGCUGUAUUGCAAGUGCUGCUGCUGCCACCAACUUUGCUAAUUCAUCUAGGUUGAAAAAUACCAAUACUAACAACAACAGCAAUACCAACACCAACCAAAAUAACUCAAAAAUUAAAUUAAAAGUUAACAACAAUAACAGUAACAUCAAUAAUUCCUCCAACAAUACUACGACCAAUACCCCACUAAAUCAGGCCUCCACUUCUGCUUCAACCUCCGCAGUUUACACUGCCAAUGGCAAUAAAAUGCCAAAAAAUUCAGCAGCAGCAGCAACAUCAACAACCACCAUCGCUUCAACAACAUUAGCCACAACAGUAUCAAUAGCAUCUAGCAUGCCAUCGGCAGUUGGUGGCAGUGGUGUAGAUAUUGAUAUGGCAGCCUUAAAUACAGUUCCCCUACCAUCAACGGCUAUUACGUCAACGGCCACUGGUACUGUGCCCACAAUUACCUCAAGUAAAUCGGCAACAAAUGCAAAUGCUAGUGUUGGCGGUAUAUCUUCUGCGAAAUCGAAGAAAUCAUCCUCAACAGCUGCCGCCGCUGCUGCUGCUGCGCUUGCUCUUCAACAGCAGGCUGCAGCGGUGUCUUCGGGCAAAUCUGCGUUAUCAUCUGCUUCUGCUAAAUCUGGGUCAUCUUCUAAAGAUGCCCAUUUAAAGUUCACCUCCGCAUUACCACUGUUGGUGGGUUCAGCGGCUGCUGCUGCUGCCGCAGCCAAAGGUGCCGGUGCCUCUUCUAGUGCUGGUGCACAAGCAGCAGCCGCUGCUGCUACCGCCCUCAAAAUAAAACUUAAAAGUGCUGCUGCCGCAUCAUCGGUUGUAGCUGCCAGUAAUUCCCGCUCAAACUCAACGUCGACAUCCUCGAAUUCAUCCUCAUUGUCGUCAUCCGUUGGAAUUGUAAAUGCAAUUUCAAAUGCCCUGCAAAACAUCAUUACCAGCGAUAAUUCCGAUACGGAUACGGAACUUUAUCCGCCGCCAGUAACGGAUCUAUCCGAAUCCGAUGAGGAAUCUGUUUCAGAGAUCCUUUUGGCAUGCUUGUGUCUAAGGCCAGAUUUAUUGGAUGAUAUACCAGAAUCUGAUCCGGAUUCUUGUGGUCAUGAUGCCGAAGGUCAUGAAGAAGAAGAUGAUGGUGACGACGAGGACGAAGAUGAAGACGAAGAAGAUGAGGAGGACGAUGAUGAUGAGAAUGAAGAUGACGAUGAUGAUGACGACGAUGAUGAAGAGGACGAAGAGGAAGAAAUCGACGAUGACGAUGAUGAUGAAGAAAUUCAAGAUCCUAAUGAGGUCAGUGGUGAUUUCUUGCUCGACACCAAUAACGAUCGUAGUAAUCGAAAUCUUAAUGCCCUCUUUGAAGCUGCUGCCAACGAAAAAGCACCUGUUUUACGUCAUGCCACCCAUGCCAUCGAUGAGACUAAACAGGCCCUAACAAAAAUGCGUGGUGCUAGCAGUGAUAAAACCAUGUUCUCUCGUACUCUAAUUGCUGCCUGCAACGAUAACGAUGUUAAUACAGUGCGAAGUCUGUUGGGUAAGGGAAAUGUUAACAUUAACGAAUCUACAGAUGACGGUGAAUCCUUGCUUUCUAUGGCAUGCUCAGCCGGUUACUAUGAAUUGGCACAGGUUCUCUUAGCCAUGUCUGCAGCUCAAGUAGAAGACAAGGGCCAGAAAGAUUGUACUCCUUUAAUGGAGGCAGCUUCUGCUGGUCAUUUGGAGAUAGUUAAACUUUUACUAAGUCAUAAUGCAGAUGUAAAUGCUCAUUGUGCCACCGGUAAUACCCCGCUAAUGUUUGCCUGUGCUGGUGGUCAUGUUGAGGUGGUUAAAGAACUGCUGAAGCAUGGUGCCAAUGUUGAGGAACAAAACGAAAAUGGUCAUACACCUUUAAUGGAAGCCGCUUCAGCUGGUCAUGUUGAAGUUGCCAAGGUUUUGUUGGAACAUGGUGCCGGUAUUAAUACCCAUUCAAAUGAAUUCAAGGAAAGUGCUUUAACGUUGGCCUGCUACAAGGGUCAUUUGAAUAUGGUACGUUUCCUUUUGCAAGCUGGCGCUGAUCAAGAACAUAAAACCGACGAAAUGCAUACUGCCCUAAUGGAGGCUUCAAUGGAUGGUCAUGUAGAAGUGGCCAGACUACUAUUGGAUUCAGGAGCUCAAGUUAAUAUGCCUACCGAUUCAUUUGAAUCUCCUUUAACUUUGGCGGCCUGUGGUGGACACGUGGAAUUGGCUACAUUGUUAAUUGAACGUGGUGCCAAUAUCGAAGAGGUUAACGAUGAAGGCUAUACCCCACUAAUGGAAGCUGCCCGAGAGGGCCAUGAAGAAAUGGUGGCACUAUUGCUGAGUAAGGGGGCCAACAUUAAUGCCACUACCGAAGAAACACAAGAAACGGCUCUGACUUUGGCUUGCUGUGGUGGUUUUAGUGAAGUGGCGGAAUAUUUGAUUAAGCAUGGAGCUAAUUUAGAACUAGGAGCUUCUACGCCUCUUAUGGAAGCGGCUCAGGAAGGACACACCGAUUUGGUACGUUUUCUGUUGGAAAACAAGGCCAACGUACAUGCCGAAACUCAAACGGGGGAUACAGCUUUAACGCAUGCCUGCGAAAAUGGACAUACCGAUGCUGCUGAAGUUCUAUUAAGCUAUGGAGCUGAAUUGGAACAUGAGUCGGAAGGAGGUCGUACCCCGCUAAUGAAAGCCUGUCGUGCUGGUCACUUGUGUACCGUCAAGUUUCUUAUUUCUAAAGGAGCUGAUGUCAAUAAGCAGACCAGCAGUAAUGACCAUACGCCACUCUCCUUGGCUUGUGCCGGUGGUCAUCAGGCAGUUGUUGAAUAUCUUUUGAAAAUUGGGGCAGAUCCAUUCCACAAACUAAAAGAUAACAGCACCAUGCUUAUCGAAGCGGCUAAAGGUGGUCAUACCCGUGUCGUUGAAUUGCUGUUCAAAUAUCCGCACUUGAUACAAAAUCAUCAAAAUGAACUUCAAUCGGCUGCUGCAGCAGCGGCCGCAGCUGCUGCUGUGGGUAUAAAUAAUACCACUGCCUCGAGUGCUGCUGCCAAUCAAUUACAUUUGAUUAAUUUGCAACAGCAAAAGCAACUCCAACAACAGCAAAAACAAUUGCAGCAACAGUUACAAUUGCAGUUGCAACAGUUGAGUGCUCCUCCUGGUUUGCAUGAAGUUUCCGAAGCUGCGCGAGCAAACAACCAACAAAUUUUCCAUCAUCAGCAAUAUACCACCAAUAAUAACGCUUUAGCAGGAGCCACAAACGAGUAUUUGGAAGAACAAUUGCAACUGCAAGCUCCAAACGCCAAUACCACAGAAGCUGGCUCCAAUCAAGUGGUGGCCUGUAAUGAGGAAUACGCUGCCAUUGAUAUCAAUUCGUUGAGUGCUCAACAACAGGAGGCAUUAAUUGCUAAAUCAAGACUUUUCCAUUUACAAGCUGGUUUUGGUAAUGUUGGUGGUGGCGGUACAGCAGGUGUUAUUGCCAACAACAAUGAACAAGUCGCCGCUAACCUUAACAAUCAACAACAACAGCAGCAGCAGCAACAGCAGCUACAGCAACGUAAACAUUUUGAUUUAGAUAUGUCACAUAUAAUGCCUCUCACGCCACCGCAAAAGCAACCUCCAGCCCCUCCUGUUUUGCAAGCGCAGCAGCCGUCAUCACAAUCAACAUCACAGCCGCUACAACAACAAGCUCCGCAACAACAGCCGCAACAGCAGCAGCAAAUUAAGCUUAAGGGCAAUCAGCGUAAAAGUCGUCAACAACCACCACAACCAUUUGAAGUUAGUAUAACAAACACUGCCAAUGCCAGCAACAACAGUAACAAUACGAACAAUGAACAGCAGCAACAACAACAAAUGCAAGAUAUUGAACGUUCUCAGCCUUUGGGUGACGAUGGAUUGGGUAAUAAGACACAACAACAGUCGACAACACAGCAGCAGCAGCAACAACAACAGCUACAAUUUUCCUGCUUUAAUGAUGAUUCACGUUUUAUAAGACGUCGAGUUCUAAGGCAGGAUUUCAAUAAGCUGUCUAAUGAUCAGAAAAAUAUUCCUGCUACUCUGUUGCCUGCCUCGUAUUUGGAUAUGACUGGAGGCAAUGUUAAUAAUCAGAAUCAAAAUGUUGGUGAUGGAGCAGAUGCUUUAACUUUGAAUCAAAAUCUGUUGGCAGUUGCUCCUGCCAUGGGUGAUGGUUCGGAAAUGCAGCCAGUAAUAAUAGCAAGCCCAGAACCUCUUAAUUUUGCACCGAAUCAGGCGCUGAUGAUGCAAGAACUUUUCGAUCCUAAUAAUCCACAGACUCCACUAACAUUGGCAACCACUCUACCACAAGGAACACAAUUUGUUUUGGGUCCGGCACCACCACCUCAGCAACAACAACAGUUGCAGCAGACUCAGUCACAACAGCAACAAACUCAGCAACAACAGCAACGUAUUGUGACUGGUAAAACAACACAGAAGUCAGGUGGUAUAACAACGCCUUCAGAAGUGUCCCAAAGUACUGCAAUCAGUGAUAGGCCUAAAGCUAAGCCAGUUUCCAAGAAGGAUGGAAAGAUUUUGCGUAAGACCACAACACAAUCAACAGCAGCCACUCCACUGCAACAACCAUUGUUUAGGCAAAACCAAAUGGUAUCCAUUUACAAUAACUUGCCCAUGCUAAUUACAAAUGAAGCCACACCGAGUCUCCAAACCCAACAAGCCAUUAUGAAUCAUAUGGUGUUUGCCGCCCAACAGCAUCAACAACAGCAGCAGCAACAACAAAUCGCUUUAGAUGUUGUUAACGAUGCUCAAGUAGUGACACAACAACAACAGCAGCAGCAGCCGCAACAACAGGGUGUUAUUGCUUUAAGUAAUUCACCAGCAUCACCGUUAGCUUCUCCUUCUUCGGGAGCCAACGCAAUAUGUGAUCCACAAUUGCAACAGUUUAUGGAAAUACAAUCAGCGGAAGAUAUGCACCAGCAGCCAGAAAACGAGCAAACGGCACAAGAAAUACAAGAGGCUUUAGAUGCAGCUCUCUCCGAUUCCAAAUUAGCUGUUACCGAUUCCCUAAAUGCUCUUAGCAAAGCUAAUGCAGCGGCAGCCGCUGCAGCUGUGGCCAAAGCAUGUGGCCUUAAUCCAGCCGAACAGCAAGAAUGCCUUAAAAAACUCCAAGAGGGUUGGCAGAUUGUAGACUUACGCCAGCGCAUAUUCCAUAAACAACCAAAGUCUCCUACAGAAACACCACCUGACAAACAAAUUAUUGAUAUAACCAAUUUGGGAAAUGAAUUGGACUCUGGUGAGACCGAUGCUAAUAAUGAAAUGAAAAAUUUAGCUACACUUUGCACAGCUGCUGCACAAGCAGCUGCAGUUAAUGUCACAGCAGGGGAGUCGGAUAUCAAAGACUCCGGCAAAAUGACAGUUGACAACAGCAAGGGCAGCAGCAAGAAACAACGCAAGCUAUCCAAGAAAGAGAAACUAUCACAACAAGAUGGUCUAGAAUUAUGUCGUUUACCAGAACCUGUAAAGGAUAACUACAAAGAAGAACGUCGAAAUUCGGUUGACGAUAGACAAUCUUUAACCUCCGAAGUAUGUCACGCAGAAGAUGAUGUCAACUCCUCGGAUCUUGAACAUCAGGAAGAGGAUUCAUGUAAAUCUAUACAAGAACUGGAUGACACACAAUUACAAUUGAAAUCACCUACUAAAGGCAUUAAACCAAUUUCACAGCGUUUAGAGAAUCUAAUACUUUCGAAUGCUCCCCUUAAGCCAGGAGAUUUGUCUCAAGCGUUUACCGAUUUGCGGCAAGAAAUUGGAGCCGAUGUUCUUACUGUAUUCCCGCAAAAUAUGAAUUUAAAAUUUGCCGGCAAUACAGCCCUGAGCAAUGCCCUGCAACAACACUUGGCUGCGGUUAAACAGCAAAUUGGUGAUGUAACUGAAGAUUCUGGCGACGGUAUGUUACAAGUUGGUGGUGACAAUGACUCAUCUAUUGCUGCUCAAAGUAACGAACAACAACUAGUCUAUCCCUCAUCUAUGGAUGCUGAAACCUUGGAACAAUUUGCUAAUGCUGCUGCACAGGCUAACAAUAAUAAUAAUAACGAUAAUAAUUCGGUAGUCGCUACUGGUGGCGUUCAAGAUCAAGUAGUGGGAGUCUCAGGUGAACAGACUGAGGAGGGUAUGCGAGAAGAAAUGUAUGAUAUUGAAGUGGAAAUGGAUGACUUUUUCCAUGUCAUACACAAUGUUCAUGAUCCUGCUUUACAAGAAUUUGCUAGCAAUUUAAAUUGUGGUGAACUAGCAGACUUUGGUAUUAAUUCGAUCUGCAAGACUCGCUGGAAUGGCAAUUGGGCUUUGACUCCAAAGUGGACUAGUCAAGAUCAAUUGAUAAGUGCCGCUGCUGCGGCGCACCAUCAACAGCAACAACAACAGGGUCUUUUAGCAACAAACGAAGAACAACAGCAGCAACAGGAACAACAAAGACAGGCUAAUCAAUUAUUGUUGGACUAUCAAUUGCAACAACAGUUACAGCAAAGAUUUGCUGAUGCCGAUGAAAUGCAAAUGCAGCAACAUCAACAUCAGCAAACUACGUUGUCGUUGAUACCCUUUUCACCUGAAGAUGCUGCUGCCGCCUCCGCAGCUGCUGCUGCAGUACAACAACAACAGCAACAAUUACAAACACUGCCUACAGCUACGUCAGCUGCCAACACAGUGGCUGAAUACCAAUUGCAGCAGCAACAACAACAACAGCACCAGCAACACACCCAACAUCAUGGUUUAGAUCAAGAACUUAAACAGCAUAUACAACAACUACACCAGCAACAGCAAACCAAUGUGCGCUUGUUAAAAGCCGUUGCAGCUGCAGCUGCUAAUCAGCAGCAACAACAGCAACUUACUACUAAUCAGCAACAGCAAAAUGUAACAAACAAUAAUAACAAUAACUUUGUUUUCAAUGUUGAUGGUUGUGGUGGUGUAGGCUCUACUGUAUCCGACAAGUCUUCACAAUCUUUACAGUUAUUAUUCCAAUUACCACCUACUGUUCAACAGCAGCAGCAACAACAAGACGAUGUUGCUGCCACAGCUCAACAACUACAGCACUUAAAAUUACAUCACCAAGAACUGCAAGAUCAGCAAAAACAACAGCAGCAACAGUUAAAGUUAUUGCAGCAACAAGAGCAAGAUUUGUCACAAACAACUGCUGAAAGUUUAAUGCAACAACAGCAGCAACAGCAACAAACCACCUUAGAACAAGUGGCACAAAAUAAUCUCUUAUUGCAACAGCAGGCCGCUUUAGCUCAACAAGUACUCAAUCAGCAGGUUUUAAAGCAAAAGCAACAACAAUUGUUAAUGCAGCAGCAGCAGCAACAAUCGACACAGGUUCAAGUUUCUACACAGACCCAAUCCUCUGUUGUGGUGCCACAUCCAAAUGCUGUACAAGUUCAAACAUCACGUGGUGUUACCAAUCAGUUUUGUCCUACACUCUCAACUAUGGCUGCCGCGGUUGAUGUCGGUUUGGGUAGUGUUUGUGCUCUAACGCCCCAACAACAACAGCUACAACAACAGCAGCAACAACAGCAGCAACAACAUCAAACUUCGCUUGAACAACAAAUGCUAGCAGCUGCCGGUGUACUUGGCGUAACACAACAUCAACAACUGCCUGUACCAGCACCAUUGACAGCAGCCUUAAAUCAGGUUGUGGCCAAUGCAUCGUCGGUUAUGCCACCCCAGGCAUCCACCAGUUCUGGUAGUAGCAAAAUGCCCGGUGGUAUUGCUAAAAAGGUAAUCGACAAACAGUCUCGUAAGGAACGUAAUCGUUACUCAUUGCUACGUUCUGCAGCCGGUAGUCAAGCUAAUGCUGCCGCUCAACAGCAAUAUCAACAAACAGUUGCCGCGACUACUGCCUUAGACAAAACCAUCGAUGUAGAUUCCGAAACCGAUUCCAAUCAUGACACAGCUCUUACUCUCGCUUGUGCCGGUGGACAUGAGGAAUUAGUUGAGUUACUUAUUAAUCGUGGUGCAAAUAUAGAGCACCGCGAUAAGAAGGGUUUUACACCAUUGAUUCUGGCAGCGACUGCGGGUCAUGAGAAAGUUGUAGAUAUUCUACUUAAAUAUGGAGCUGAUUUGGAGGCACAAUCUGAACGUACUAAGGAUACACCACUAUCGUUGGCCUGUUCAGGAGGACGUUAUGAAGUUGUAGAGCUAUUAUUGGGCAUAGGAGCGAAUAAAGAACAUCGCAAUGUUUCCGAUUAUACACCAUUGAGUUUGGCUGCUAGCGGUGGCUAUGUGAACAUCAUAAAGUUAUUGCUUAGUAAUGGGGCUGAGAUUAAUUCACGUACUGGCAGUAAAUUGGGCAUAUCACCGCUAAUGUUAGCCGCCAUGAAUGGUCAUACGGCAGCGGUGAAAUUGCUGUUAGAUCAGGGUUCGGAUAUUAAUGCUCAAAUUGAGACCAACCGUAAUACUGCUUUAACCUUGGCCUGUUUCCAAGGUAGACAUGAGGUGGUGAGUUUGUUGUUAGAUCGUAAAGCCAAUGUCGAACAUCGCGCUAAAACUGGUCUAACGCCCCUCAUGGAAGCCGCUUCGGGUGGAUAUAUAGAAGUUGGACGUGUUCUGCUAGACAAGGGAGCUGAUGUUAAUGCUGCGCCAGUACCCACCUCAAGAGACACAGCCUUAACUAUAGCCGCCGAUAAGGGUCACUUAAAAUUCGUAGAACUACUGUUGGCUCGUGGAGCUGCAGUGGAAGUAAAGAAUAAAAAGGGCAAUUCACCGCUUUGGUUGGCUGCCCAUGGUGGUCACUUGAGCGUCGUUGAUAUAUUAUACAACCAUAAUGCCGAUAUAGAUUCACAAGACAAUAGACGUGUCUCCUGUUUAAUGGCCGCUUUCCGUAAAGGCCACACCAAGACAGUCCGUUGGAUGGUACAAUAUGUCACUCAGUUUCCUUCCGAUCAAGAAAUGAACCGAUUCAUAAGUACCAUAAGUGAUAAGGAACUGUCAGAGAAAUGCUACGAUUGCAUGAAAAUUAUAAGAGCGGCAAAAGAGGCACAAGCCGUUAAGGCCAACAAAAAUGCUUCGAUACUCUUGGAGGAAUUGGAUAUGGAGAGAACACGUGAAGAAAGUAGGAGAGCUGCUGCUGCUCGUCGUCGUGAGCGCAAAAAGAAGAAGAAAAUGGAAAAGAAAGAAGAAAAACGCCGCCAAAUGGAAGAAGCCACCGGUGGCUCGAGCAAUCAGCAAGAACAGGAUGAUAAAGAUUCCGAGAAAGAUGAGGAUUCUGAUCACGAAGACAACAAUGCCGCCGAUGAAGAUGACGACCAACAAAAUCCUCAAAAUUAUCGUGAAGAAGGUGACUCUGGUAUAGAUCAAGGUUCAUGCUCCAGCACCGAUAUAAAGGCUUCAGCUGGAAAUUCACAAAACAAUGACAAGUCUGUUGGAGGUGGUGGCAGUGUAGGAGGUAAAAAUAAAAACAAAAAGAAAAACAAACAACAGAAUACUCGCAACAGUAGUCCUGUUGUAGAAGAACCUCAAAUUGUCCAACCUGCCCCAGCUACAAAGCAACAACAACAGAACAAUAAAAAGAAAGAUGAUAAUAGCAACUCAAAGGCUGUCUCUAAUAGUAACAAGAAGAAUGCUGCCGAACAAAAUACUUUAGCUGCAAAAACUCAAAGUAAUAAUAACAACAACAAUACAAAUGCCAGCAACAAGAAAUCGGAACAUCAACACAAGAAGGAAGAAGUUAUUAAUAACAACAAUACUUCAUUGAAUGCUGCAUCUAACACCAAUACAACAACAACCGGCAACAAAAAGAAAGAAUCAAAUAAACAAAAGGAAAAAGAAAACUUGGCACCCAAAGAAUUAACAGCCGCAGGAACGGCUCAGUAUCAAGCAAUUCCACAAACAACACAAACAAAUAGCCACAGUCAUAUUCAUAAUAAUAAACAGCAACAACACACCCAUGUUCAGCAACAAGCAACCAACAACAAUAAAUCGGAAACAUCUUCCGCUGGUAAUCGUAAAUCACUAAUAUUCUCUGCUUCAAAGACGGCUGAGGAGAAUAACAAACGUGACAUGGAAUCUAUUGCCUCCACUACGUUGGGUUCGACUACGUCAAACAAUAAGCCUCAACCAGCCUCAAGUGCACCCAAGAGAGGAGAAGACGGCUGGAAAGAAGUUGUACGCAAAAGUUCAACACAACAAUCUACCACUGCGUCUGUAGCAUCUGGUUCCGCUUCUAGUAAUACUUCUGCAUCAACAGCGGUUAACAGCAAAGAGUCCACGUCCAGUACUUCAACUAACCUCUCUUCCUCGUCUAAUUCUUCCUCGUCUACGACCAUAACCGUACCUGGAGUCUCGACAACUACAACCGUUACAUCAACAGCCCCUGAAAUGACUUGCAAAAAGGUACAAGUUCCCGUCAAUGCCAUUUCCCGUGUAAUUGGUCGCGCUGGCAGCAACAUCAAUGCCAUACGAGCCACUACUGGAGCCCACAUUGAAGUAGAGAAACAGGGCAAAAAUCAAUCCGAACGUAGUAUAACCAUCAAGGGUCUUACAGAAGCUACCAAACAGGCUCAUAUGUUGAUUUUAGCUCUAAUCAAGGAUCCUGAUGUGGAUAUAUUACAAAUGUUACCACGUAUUAACACUACAAUUAAAGCUUCAGUGGUACCUCCUGCGUCGACCACUCCACCAUCUUCAAUUUCAACUAUGCAAGUAGGAACAUGGGAUAAUAAAACAGCUUUGCAGUCCACCAGCGGCGGACAAAGUAGUAAUAUGUCUUCAGGAUCGUCAACAACAUCGUCUGCGUCGUCUACGCCCGGCACUAAUCUAAACUCGAAAACAACUGGAAAUUUGAAUUCCAAAUCGAAUACGAAGUUGCAAGGAGGUGUAGGUGCAAAUCAAAAUAAAUCUGCCAUAGGAAGAACACAGCCCUCUAAACCUUUCUAUGCCCAGCAAACACUCACAUCUGGCCGUGGCUCAGGCGUAGGUGCAGCCUCUAACAACAGCAAUCAAAUAAAACAUAAAGACCUUAAUAGUAAGGGUUUGUCGGGACCUGCUUUCAGUCAGAAAUCUGCUGGAGCUCCAGGAGGCAAAACAUCUGUAACUAAUUUUGGAGGAUCUGGAGUAAACACUCAAACAUUUGCCGCAAAGCUGCUAACAGGUGGCGCCUCUACUUCAACUUUAACUGGCAACAAUGCGUCUCCUACUAAGAAGUCGGAAUUAGGAGGUUUGCAAAGAUCGGGAAUAACAGCCCCAUAUGGUCGCGGUAAACCAGUACCCAGCUCAAUAAUACCCUCUUUGGGAAGUGUAGGAGUUUUAAGCCAAAACAAUAAUACACUAUCCGGUCCCAUAGGAACAUUUAAUGUAGCCGAGGCUGCUGCUGCAGUGGCAGCGGCAAAUGCCGCAGCAGCUCAAGCAGCGAAUCAUAAUGCAGCUUCUUCGAACACUACGGCGCGUUCUGUGACACCAAUAGGUCCUCCAAAUAAACAGCGAGCUUCAACACCCACAGCUCAACAACAAUCAGCGGGACAUACUAAUAAUAACGUUACUAUACAAGCAACACAAUCUAUGCAACAGCAACAAAAUUUGCACAUUAAUACUGGCAACCUAGGUGACAGCGUUAUUCCGGCUGGAGGAUCAGCACCAUUAGCUACACCUGGUAGCUUUGGAGCACAACUGGCAGCCAAGAUAAGCAGUGAAUAUUCUCUCUUUAAUGAUUAUCAUCAGUCGCAAUGGGGUAGUGCAGAUAAUUCACAAAACUACCCUAAUCCCAAUGCUUUAGUUAAUGAUAAUGUACCUCAAGCUGAUGCUUCAAAGGCUCCUGGUUACAACCGCAACAUACUGAGUUCUCCUGUGGGAAGUUCUAAAGCUUCCAACUCCAGCACACCACCGGGAAGUGUUACUACAACCAAUCUCAAUGUAUCCUCACAACAAACUCUAACUAUUUUGCCCGAGACUGGUGUAGCUCCUAUAGGAUCUGCAACAUCGCAGGCAGCAAGAUCACCAGCAGGAAUAUCUGUAGCUGGAAAUGAUUUGACACCACCAUCAGAUGCUAAUGCCGGUCAGGGUGCACCACAGCAACAAGAUACUAGUGCUAUAUCUCCUAAUGUUAUUAAACCACCAGGGGCCAUAGGUCAAACAAGUAAUGCAACAUGUCCUUCAACACAGCAACAACAAGCAAAUACUGGAAAUAUAUCACAACCACCACCCAGUGGUUUGGCUAUACAAAGACCUCAGACUAGUGGCCAACAUAGAGCGAGUGCCUCCAAUAAUUCUACACAACAAUCUCCGCCAUCGGCACAGCCCAACAUAACAGAUAAUUCAGGAAAUACACUAAAUUUUGGUCCAAUAGGUCCCUCAAACUCAUUGAAUCGUGGCAAUAAUCCCGCAGGAGCUAUAGGUGAACAAACACGUUUUUACGAUCCCACUAAUCAAAUGAAUGUUGCUGUGCCCAUGGGCUUCCAAAUUGAUCCCAGUCUUAUGCAACAGCAGGGUUACAAUUCGGCCAACUCUAGACUCAAUCCAAGAGCUUCGGUAUUUGGCGGACAACAACAGCCGGGCAAUAAAUCACAAACACAAUCAUCACAAGCCUUGGCUUCAGCCUUGUACCACCAACAGCAACAAGCACCAUCUCAACAGAAUCAACAAGGAAAUGUCUUCAAUGCUACACCUGGAAAACCCCCAAAUGUUGGCCAGAACUUAGCACCGCAACGGCCACAAUCUCAACCUCAGGCUGGACAAACACAAAAUCAACGUUGGUAUGGUACCGACUAUUCUGGCAUGGCUACAGCCGGCGGUUAUGUACCUCCUUCAACCAGAGACAUAUUAAAUCUGGAGAAUGGGUCAACUGGUGGUUUGGGAGGUGCUGGUGCCAAUUCACCAGCUGCCAUGUCACCCAGUCAGGGUGGCAAUGUUAAUGCCAACAAUCCUGCUGGACUUCUACAAACACCUCCUCAAAUUCCAGGUCAACAAUCAGCCGAUGAUAUGCGCAAAAUACCCAGACCUAUUGGUACAGAAAGAGCAUCAUGGAAAUACAAUAACUAUCCAGGUAUGGCAAAUAUGGGCAUGGGCGUAGGAGGUUUAGCUGGUGCGGUUGGUUUAGCAACAACGGAUGAUAAUUUGGCUGCUAUGACAGCAGCUGCAGCUGGUAUGCCAGGUGCUGGUAUACCAACUGGUCCAUUGCCACCAUGGCUUUUGGGUACCGCCGAUAAGCAAGCAGCAGCCGCUGCCGUACAACAGCAACAACAACAGCAUCAACAGCAUUCGAAUUGGAUGAAGCAGCAGUAUCGUUACUACAAUCAAGGUGCAGCUGGUGCCGGUACCAUCGGCGGUUUAACAGGUCUUGGCGGUCCGGCCGAUUACCAUCAUCAACAAGAUCAAUUUCAUAUGGCUUUGGAUUAUCAUAACACUAUGCCACCACCAAAUUUGAAUCAGAAUCAACCAAUGAAUCUUAUACCUACUUACACAACUUAUCCACAUUUCUUGGGUCAUGUUGGUGGCAAUGAUAUGUCUCAUAUGCCGGAAAAGAUCGAAUUGUGGGAUCAUCAUGAUAAACAUACUUGGACCAGCAAUUGGACCAAUUGAUGAAGCAAACGUAAAAUCAGCCAGUGAAUCUUGAAAAAUGUAAAAGAAAAAGCAACUAUAAAUUAACUACAAUUUAAAAAGAAAAGCGUUGCUCACUGUUUCAACAUAAACCAGACACUGCUAAAACAACAAGGAGCUAAUUAAGAAAAAAACACAAUUGUCUAUCACUUUCUAUCUCUCUCUCUAAACUAUGAAGUUUUUUGAUUUUGGAAACAUAAAAACAAAAAAAAAAAAUUAAAUACUACCAAGAAUAAUAUUUAUAAAAUAUUAUUAUUAAUUAAUUAAUUAAUUACUCGUACUACUCUUCAAUACAAGUUAAAAAAAUAUAUAUAUUUUUUGGAUUAAGCUUAAACAAAAAACAUAAAAAAAACACUACACAAAAUAUUUGAAAUGAAUUAAAACAAAAGUUAUAAUACAAGAGAUCUUAUUGCAAAAAGUAAAUGAUUUAAUGAAUGAA